CCAGGCAUAGCUGGUGACGCCUAAAUCCUUCACUCUCAUCCUGCAAGUAAUGGGAACGUUUGAAAUAUUCCGUCUCUGACAAAGCUCGAGCUGGUUUUGACUAAUUCACCAGUGUCCUUUUUAAUAUAUCAAAGAUGGUGCGUGAACAGUACACUACAACCACAGAAGGCACCACCAUAGAGAGGCCAGAAAACAAGUAUGUCUACAAAAUUGGUAUUUAUGGCUGGAGAAAGCGUUGCCUCUACUUAUUUGUUCUCCUUUUACUCAUCAUCCUCCUUGUGAAUUUUGGUCUUACAAUUUGGAUUCUUAAAGUGAUGUGGUUUUCCCCAACAGGAAUGGGUCACUUGCGUGUUACAAAAGACGGGCUUCGCCUGGAAGGGGAAUCUGAAUUUUUAUUCCCCUUGUAUGUCAAAGAAAUACACUCGAGAGUGGACUCUUCUCUGCUUCUACAGUCUACUCAGAAUGUGACCGUAAAUGCACGAAACUCUGAAGGAAAUGUCACAGGCAGAUUAAAAGUGGGUCCCAAAAUGGUAGAAGUCCAGAGUCAACAGUUUCAGAUCAAAUCCAAGGAAGGCAAGCCACUGUUUACCGUGGAUGAGGAAGAAGCUGUGGUUGGUACAGGUAGACUUCGAGUAACUGGGCCUGAAGGGGCUAUCUUUGAACAUUCAGUGGAGACACCCCUCGUAAGAGCCGACCCAUUUCAGGAGCUGAGAUUAGAAUCCCCCACACGGAGUCUAAGCAUGGAUGCCCCAAAGGGAGUUCAUAUCAAAGCUCAUGCUGGGAAAAUUGAGGCCCUUUCUCAAAUGGAUAUCACUUUUCAUAGCAGUGAUGGAAUGCUUGUGCUCGAUGCAGAAACUGUGUGUUUACCCAAAUUGGUUCAGGGGACUCAGGGUCCUGCUAGCAGCUCACAGAGACUCUAUGAAAUUUGUGUGUGUCCAGAUGGGAAGCUUUACCGGUCUGUGGCUGGUGUGGAUACCACAUGCCACGAAAACAGCCACGUCUGUCACUGAACCACCCACAUCUUCCACACAGCACCUGCCUCAUUUCAGGGAACUUGAAAGGACUGAUUCAAGCCUUCACACUUAGAACGACUUGACAUGCUAUGAAACUGAGAUGGCAAUGGAAGCAGGACACUUUCGGAAGAAACUCAAAGAAAAAUGUACCAAGGCAAGUGUUCAGAUAUAUGGUGUGUGGAUGUUAAACACAAAAGUCAAAGAAAUAUCAACAGAAUGUAUUUAUUCUACUAAAUUGAUUAAUUUUCAUCAGAAUCAUGUGACUUCCUUUCCUUUCUUGUACAUGUCAACUACAAUGAAAUAUUCAACUGCUGUAUGGAAUUAAUUUAUGAUGGUUAACUGUGGAUAUCUAACUCCCCAUAAAAGUAGCAUUGGUCAAUAGUAAAAUAACCCCAAAGUUGUAUGAGGUAUUUCCAUUAUUUCACGCAAACAUGUGAGUUCUCCAUUUUAAUGCAAAGUAUGUCAGGUUUCACAAGAAAAUCUUCAGGUUUUAAAGGGACUUUGAGGUUGAUCUGAUUUGCAAUAUGUACUCAAAGGAAUAAAUUAUACAAAAUUAAUCAUGCUUUCUUUAUACGUAUAUAGUCAAUGAGCAAUAAAAAUCAACCUACAUUUUUCACAAACUUCCCAGUUUGAGUGUCUUACUUUCUUUAAUCCUCACAAUAACUCUUUGAGGUACAUAUUAUUUUUCCCCAAGUUACUGGUGAUACAAAUAAAUUCAGGUACGACAAGUCACAAGUUCAUACAGUUAUCUACCUAAACUAAAAUGUGACCUUACAU